AUGGCUCAAUCUCGUGAUGGUUCCGCGGCCACUUCCCGGACGCCUCUGGACUUGCCGUCGAUUUCCUUGAAACCUUACUCUUGCGUGGUCUGCCACAGGAGGAAAGUCAAAUGUAAUCGCGAAGAGCCAUGCUCAAACUGUGCCAAGGCCAGUGUUGAGUGUAUUUACCGUCCUCCACCGCCCCCGCGGCGUCGCAAGAGGGAGCGCGAUGCGAGUAGCGGCGCGUCUCGAGAACGCGAAAAGUCGUUUCGUCGGAACAGCAGAGAAGCUUCUUUUGGAGGAAGUGCAGUUCAGAAUACUUCCCCCGCCAGGAAUUUGUCAAAUGGUGCCGAACAAAGCCGAAGCGGGUCCGGGAGGAUGAUAAUGAAAGAAGGCAACUCAGUGUACCUUGAUGAUACUCUCUGGACGAGUGUAAGCCAUGAGCUCCCAGAUGCCGCAGAAGUCCUAGAUGAUGAUGCAGCAGAUGAUAACAGCGACAACGCAUAUCAGGAUGAAGACGAUAUUUCAUCUCUUCUUCUGAGCCAUGAGACGCGAGAAGGCAUGGCUGAAUUGCAUCCCAACCCGCUACACAUAUUCAAGCUAUGGCAGACGUUUCUGGAAAGGGUUAACCCAUUGACGAAGAUCGUGCAUGCCCCAACUGUUCAGCAGCAGAUUCUUGAAGCCAUGGGUGACUUGAAAAAAGUCCGCAAGGAGUUUGAAGCGUUGAUGUUUUCUAUCUAUUGCAUCGCCUUGACAUCCCUUCAGGCUGGAGACGUCGAGAAGGCAUUCGGCGAGAGCAAAAAGAAGCUUCUCUCAAGAUGCCGACGAGGAGCACAGCAGGCAUUGAGAAAUGCCUCCUUCCUUCGCACAUCAAGUACAGUGGUUCUUCAAGCAUUCAUACUCUACUUGUUGUCGAUGCGAGCAUUCUCCGAUCCAUAUACGAUUUGGUCUUUGAGUGGCAUUGCAUUACGAAUGGCACAGAGGAUUGGCAUCCACCGCGACGGCUCUGGUUAUGGGCUCUCAAUUUUCGAGACUGAAAUGCGACGCCGCAUCUGGUUCCAACUCAUGAUUCUAGACGCGACGUCAGCCCAAUUCUGUGGAGUCGCUGCGGGCCCGUUCGUGCACACAGCUGACGCCAAACCGCCAAUGAACGCGAACGAUAGUGACCUUGAUCCGCGCAUGACAGAGCCCGCAUGCGAGAAGGAAGGUCCGUCUGAGAUGAUUUUCUGUCUUGCUCGCAAUGAGUUUGGAAAGUGGCUCCAUCGCUGGAACACUGUUGCCGGCGGCUCUGGUUCUACCUGGGAUUUCCUGACCUCCUCAAAGUUGUCGUUGAGCGAAAAGGAUAAGUGUAUCGAUGAGUUGGAAGAUAUCAUGGAGCAGAAGUUCCUGAGGUAUUGUGAUCAGUCGAUUCCUCUCCAUCUGGCUACCUCAAUGAUGGUACGCUCGGCCAGUCGUUAUACUAGGCUGAUGGCGCAUCAUCCUCGCCAUUAUCAUGACUCGGGUGCUCGUAUACCCCAGUCUGAGAAGGAUGUCAUCUUUGGGCAUUGCCUAAAGAUGGCAGAGUAUGCCGACUAUGCUCAGACGAAUCCCGAUGUCCAGCGCUUCUCAUGGCACAUGGUCAAUCACAUGCCAUGGGAUGCUAUGAUCUUUAUGCUGUCUGAGAUGCGAAACAGAACCGACCCACAGGAAAAGGAUAGAGUUUGGGAACUUGUUGGCAGUAUCUAUGGCCGUCAUGUCCGACAGAUGGGAAAGAAAUCUCAGAUGCCUCUUCAUAAGGCUCUCCAAAACUUGUUUGUCAAGGCAUGGAGAGCCUACGUUGAUGAGUGUAACCAGCACGGCCGCACACCAAGGCCUUGUCCGACGGUGGUGCAAAGCGCGUUAAAUACUUCCAACGGUUCUACAGAAGCGCAAAUUGCCGAUGAAAAUGCCCGGGUGGACGCGAAUAGAGCUCCGAUUCAAGAGCCGCAAGGCCAAUAUGCAUCCAAUGUCCCGGCCGAGACCGGAACUGAAAAUAUGGACUUUCUCCUGGGUGAUAGUCCAAUGGACUGGAGCGAAUGGGAUAACCUCUUGAAUCAGUUCCAGGAGUCACUGGUUGACGACAUGACGUUGAUGCCGGGGUCUGUGUGA